GAAAUACAACCUCCGAGCAACACAGCUUUUUGAGCCUCCCCUCCUACACGGCUCAUGCCAACAUGUCUUAUAAUAGGAAGGAUUUCCUUACGCAGGCGGCGCCAGAAAAUUAUGUCGCUGGUCUUGGUCGAGGCGCCACUGGAUUUACGACACGGUCAGACUUGGGUCCAGCGCGAGAAGGUCCGACACCAGAACAAAUCCAGGAAGCUUUAGCGAAAAGAGCCCAGCAACUUGGUGCCGCGCCACCUACAGCAUACAACGCAGGACGUGAGAAGGGAGGCAAGGGCAAAGAACACGAGGAAGAAGAAGAUGAUGAGCGAUUUCAAGACCCGGACAAUGAGGUCGGGCUCUUCGCAUACGGCCAAUAUGACAGGGAGGAUGAUGAAGCAGACCGCAUAUAUCAAGAGAUAGAUGACAGGAUGGAUAGGAGACGAAAGUCAAGAAGGGAAGCCCGAGAACGAGAAGAACGCGAAGAAUACGAGAGGAAUAACCCCAAGAUUCAGCAACAGUUCGCCGACCUCAAACGGUCGCUAGCUACGGUUUCUGACGACGAUUGGGCUAACAUUCCUGAGGUUGGCGAUCUUACGGGGAAGAAUCGACGUGCUCGACAGAAUUUACGACAAAGAUUUUAUGCUGUUCCGGACAGCGUCAUUGCGAGCGCUAGAGACUCAACUCAGUUUGAAACCACUUUAGCCGAAGAUGGCACGCAGACGGAAAACCCCGACACUGCAGGCACAGAUGGAAGCUUGACAAAUUUUGCGGAUAUCGGUGCUGCUCGCGACAAAGUUCUUCAAGUACGCCUUGACCAAGCAGCACUUGGUUCUUCAGGUGAUGCAGCAUCGGGCAGUGCGACCAAUAUUGACCCGAAAGGAUAUCUUACGAGUUUGACCAAGUCAGAAUUGAAGGCUGGCGAAGUGGAAAUCGGCGAUAUCAAGCGCGUGCGGGUCCUUUUAGAAUCAGUUACUCGCACCAAUCCUAAACACGCACCUGGUUGGAUUGCCAUCGCUCGUUUGGAAGAACUGGCAGGAAAAAUUGUCGCUGCCAGAAACUACAUCGCGAAGGGGUGUGAAUUGUGCCCUAAAAGCGAAGAUGCGUGGUUGGAAAAUAUUCGACUGAACAACAAUCAUAAUGCCAAAAUCAUAGCAGCGAAUGCUAUCAAGCAUAACGAUCGAUCCACUAGACUAUGGAUUGAAGCAAUGAAGUUGGAGUCUGACAUCCGUGCUAAGAAGAAUGUCCUUAGACAAGCUCUUCUUCAUAUUCCACAGUCUGUCGCAAUCUGGAAAGAGGCUGUCAAUCUGGAAGAAGAUCCCGCAGAUGCACGACUUCUACUAGCAAAGGCUACUGAAAUGAUUCCUCUAUCUGUGGAGCUUUGGCUUGCGUUAGCCCGCUUAGAAACUCCUGAGAAUGCACAAAAAGUGUUGAACGCGGCCCGCAAGGCCGUGCCGACAAGCCAUGAAAUUUGGAUUGCAGCUGCCCGAUUGCAAGAGCAAAUGGGCACAGCAUCUAAGGUCAACGUUAUGAAAAGGGCUAUCCAAGUGCUUGUUCGUGAAAAUGCUAUGCCAAAGAGGGAGGAAUGGAUCACAGAAGCUGAGAUUUGUGAAGAAGAAGGAGCAAUCCUGACAUGCGGAGCAAUUGUCCGAGAGACUCUCGGUUGGAGUCUCGACGAGGAUGAUGAUCGGAAAGACAUAUGGAUGGAGGACGCCAGGGCAAGCAUCGCUCGUGGCAAAUAUGAAACUGCAAGAGCGAUUUAUAGCUAUGCGUUGCGUGUUUUCACGACCAGCAAGACCGUCUGGCUUGCGGCUGCUGAUCUAGAACGAAACCACGGUACUAAAGAGGCCUUGUGGCAAGUUCUUGAAAAGGCAGUGGAGGCUUGUCCUCAAAAUGAGGUUCUCUGGAUGCAGCUCGCCAAGGAGAAAUGGCAAGCUGGGGAGAUAGACAGUGCUAGACUGGUCCUGAAGCGGGCUUUUGCACGUAAUCCCAAUAACGAAGAUAUCUGGCUUGCGGCUGUCAAGUUAGAGACGGACGCCCGCGAGACUGAACAUGCAAGAGAACUACUAAGUACUGCACGUCGCGAAGCGGGCACAGACCGUGUUUGGAUCAAAAGUGUUGCUUUUGAACGCCAGCUGGGAAAUAUGGACGAAGCAUUAGAUCUAGUCAACCAAGGCCUACAGCUUUAUCCCAAGGCUGAUAAGCUUUGGAUGAUGAAGGGGCAAAUAUACGAGUCGCAAAAGAAGUAUCCUCAAGCGAGAGAAGCUUAUGGCACUGGUACCAGAGCGUGUCCUCAAUCCGUGCCGCUAUGGCUUCUUGCUUCUCGUCUUGAAGAAAAAGCCGGUGUGGUAGUGAAGGCACGUUCGAUUCUUGACAGAGCCCGGCUGGCUAUUCCCAAGAAUGCCGAGCUAUGGACUGAAAGUGUCCGAGUUGAGCGACGUGCAAACAACAUCAGUCAAGCUAAAGUCCUGAUGGCCAAGGCUCUUCAGGAAGUACCACAGUCAGGACUUUUGUGGGCUGAGAGUAUUUGGCACCUUGAACCUCGAACUCACAGGAAACCACGAAGCUUGGAAGCAAUUAAGAAGCUUGACAAUGACCCGAUUCUAUUUGUGACCGUUGCGCGUAUCUUCUGGGACGAACGACGAUUGGAGAAGGCCAUGACAUGGUUCGAAAAGGCCAUUUUAUCUGAUAGUGGAAUCGGCGACACUUGGGCCUGGUACUACAAAUUCCUAAUUCAACAUGGCACUGAAGAAAAACGACAGGAUGUAAUUGCCAAGUGUAUUAUUAGCGAGCCAAAACACGGUGAGAUAUGGCAGUCAGUUGCGAAGGAUCCUGUAAAUUUCCACAAAUCUACAGAAGAGAUUUUGAAACUGGUUGUGGAACAACUGCCUCGCUGAUGAGAGUCAAAUGCAGGCUAGGGCUAUCAUUUUCUCAUAGAUGAACAUUAGAGCUAUGAGACUGUAUUUUAAAUUAAAUAUUUUAAUGGGAGCUUAUGAUUCUCUAAUGAUUGACGCUGCACCAAGAAGCAUUGAAGUAUAGAAAUAUCA